ACAAUUCUCGUCUCUCUAAACUCGACCGUGGUUUCAUCAUUGGUAACGGGGGACAUUUCGUCCACCAUUUCCACUGUGCCUACGCCAUCCGUGAACAUGACAACUCCCAGUGACGAGUGUCCCGCCCCCACGGGAUACACCAUCUCAGUGGCGACCCUCACAACCGUCAUCCUCAGUACUGUGACUACCCCCCUCCCCGACUUAACCUGCGUGUCAUCCGUCUCCAACAGCUCCAUCCCGACCGGCAAUGCCACCUUCCCCAGCGGCACUGGCGCAGGCCUUGACACCUCCAUAGCCAUGCCAACGUACAUCAGUACCGUCACAACAACAUCCACCUCCACCAUAGGCACCACUUUCACCUCAACACCAACGACCCUCUUCCGUCAACCCGGCACCAUCGCCACUCCCGAGCAAAUCUCCGCCGCCUGUGCAAACCCCUCCCAGAAUGUCGUCUUCAACCCCGGCUUCGAACUAGGAAGCGAUGGCAACGCCUCCGGCUGGUCCACCGAGCCUUCCUCCCCAUCCAUCUCCUUCCUCACCUUCCAGUCCGAUAAUGCGGGUGCCCUCUCAGGGCGCCGCUCGGGCCGCGUGCUCUCCGCCGAAUCGGGCGCUAGUAUCGUGGUGUCCACGCCCGUGAUCUUGUGUCCUGGACGGCAGUAUCGGUUAUCGGGAUAUACGAGGCAGCUGGAUACAGAGGCGCGGUGCUCGAUUGUAUACCGUGUAGGUGAUCGAGUGGUGUAUACUGCGGUACCGCAGACAGAUUUGUUGGCUAUGCCUAGGACGGCGUUUUAUGAGGCGGGAAGCAGUGAUGUGGAUGUUAGUGUGGAUUUGAGCUUGACGGUGAGCUGUGUGGGCCAGGGAGGGGCGGUCUCGGGCGUGAAUGAUGAGGGGUAUAUGCAGGUGGAUUUCGAUGAUAUUGCUUUGGUGCAGGUGCAGAGGGGUUGAGAGGUGUGGUGUGCUGCCUGUUGGAAGUUGCCAAUAUGGAUAUUGAUAUGUGGAUAAGGAACAGGUCGUGUGAAGUUGGGAAUUGUGUUGACAGAGGGGAUACAGGCCGGGGAGGUUUAGUUUCAUUCAUUCUUU